AUGUCCAGCCCGUACUGGUACCCCUCUAUGCCAAUACACGAGAUUAUGGAGGCUCUGGAUGGAUGGUCCUUCUCCGUUAGCCAAGAACAACUCAUCAGACCGUCUUCCGAGUUCGUAAUGAGCGUCUACACAGCUUGCCUCCAGCAAGUCACCGGUAUUACCCAAGAGUCAUUGAAGCCGUCUGUCAACGCCGCUAUUGCAACGCUGGACAGUGCGAAUGCGGAUCUCUACAGCCAAAGCCUCACGCAGAACUUCCUAUUACACCAUAUAACUCGAUUUGCGACAGCUGCACGAUUCCCUGAUUUCUGUGCGAAAGACAUCCACUUCCCUGAGCCGGAACGGACUCGCCUGAUCCUCUCCGCUUUCAUUAACCUGGUCAAGUUCCACGAACAAUGUGCGCCCACCAUUGCACAAGUGCGGCAGAACGACGCGGCGUUAGAGGCGGAGCGGGAGAGGGCAGCCGGCGAUCUGGCUGAGAUGGAGGCUAAGCUUGCUGCUAUCAAGGCGAAGAGGGCGGAAGACGAACCUCGGUGUGAGGAGUUGCGUCAGGAGCAGAUCGCUAUUGCAGCGAAGCUGGUGGCAUAUAAGGACGUUCACACAGAUCUCGUGAAGCAAAUUGAUAAACUGAAGGCCGAGAAAGCGGCAGUGCUUCAACGGAAGGACAACUUGAAUAAAGAGAUCUCCGUUGUCGUCGAGUCUAUUUCACACAAGCGUUCACGGAUCGUUCAAUCUCCUGAGCGGAUUAAAAGAAACGUCGCUUCAAUGAGAGCUACGGCUGCCGAGGACAAGCAGACGUUGGCCGCGAACGAGGCCAAGAUACGAGAUCUCAAGAUCAAGAUCAACGUCAUCAUGAAUAUUGACAAGGAGAUACGAUCCUGCGUCGAACAACUACAAACUGUGGCGAAGGAAGUCAAUAUUCUGGAGAGUUCCCAACAGGAGCUCGCGGAACUCAAGGAGCAGCUGACGAAGAAAAAGAUUGAGAAGAGUGAUCUAGAGCGUAGACAUGAGCGCGUCCGACAGCAGCUUCUGAACGCAGAAGAGAAGCUAGAACGGGCUCAGAAGCAUGCCGCCGAGAAGCGGCUUGCUAGUCAACAAACUAUUGAGAGACUGCAGCGGGACUACGAACAGAUGGCUGCCGAGCGUAGAGAUAACGAUAAGCAGAUGGAGGAGCUAAGAGCGGAAGCGAACCUGCUGGAGGAGAAGAAAGCAAGACAUCUCAAGCAGAGUGAAGCAGAGCUGGGGGAAUUGCUUCACGAAUACUGGACCCUGCGGCACGAGACAGAGGUAUACAUGGAGACGCUUGCGAACAAGCUAGGAAUGCAUGUUACAGAAACGAACGAUUAACAUUCCACUUGACAGAAGCAAUGUUGUAUGUUUGAGCCUUCCUCUUUUGUCUCUCGUCUCGUCUAGACCAGGUUAUUCCGUAUUUAUGGAUCUGUGGGG